AUGAAAGCUCUUGAAGCCGGAGUUCGCUGCCGGUACAUUCGAGGGUUUAUGUCCCCAUUGCCUUGGGAUGCCCCGGAGGAUCAAUCCAAGCUUCGUUUAACUUCCUAUGUCAUCAUGAGCGAGAAUAUGCCGGCUUCCAAAAACGCAGGGCUAGCACGAUUUGCGGUACGUCGCAUUUUCUCACGAUGGCCACUGUGGUGUUCAAGAGAAUUUCCUAAAUGUGCGGCAUGCCGUCCUUGGCCGGGCGAAUGUAUCUAUCACAGGCUAAAUCCAGUCGCACAAUCUGAUAAGCUUUGCUCUACAAAUGAACCGGCCAAGUUGGCAGCAAAUACGUCACUCCAAUACUCUAGGGGCGUCGACCAGCGUCUAUCGCGUGUUGAGAAGGCCUUAGAAACUCUCUCCGAAACAAUCAAUACCUCUCUCAGUUCUGUCAACGAAAAUGGAGAUUCCAUAACCCCUUCAACCACGACAAAAUCAGAUAAUGAGGCAUUCCCAUCAUACCAGCCAUCAGCCGAAUCUCCCGAACUUACUUUGGACGAGGCACAUUCAUUCGCCUACUUGGGCGAAGCAUCCAGGCAUUUAGAGCUAAUCAAGAUUAAAUCAUUACAUGAGCAGCUCGCUGAACACCAAGCAGCCUCCACUGCGCUGCAAGACCUCUCUAAAUUCCUGACUACAAUUAACCUUCAACCGCCUUACAACGAUGCAGCGUCUUUUGAAUUUAUUAAUGACUUCCUACAAAAUGUGCAGCUUGCCGAAGUCCUAUUCAUCACACCGCCCGAAGAGAUUCUCUUGAGUGCCAUAUUCAAUCCAGCUACAGUGCCCCAGCGCGCUUGGAUCGUUUACAUCAACUUUAUUCUCCUAAGUCUUUUACAGCAUGACGUCUCGCAAGCAGAUAUCGUUGAAAAUCUCAAGAAGAACACAAAUCUGGCACUAAAUGACUUUAGGAUAUUCCUAGAGCCCAGCGAGACAAAUAUCCAGGCACUCAUGCUGCUAGGUUGCCACGGCGAGCAAUACGCUUCGCCCAAUUUGUCGUGGAUGCUCGUGGGCCAUGCUUGCCGCCAAGCUCAAGCUGUCGGGCUGCAUAGCUUGAAAGGCGAUGCCUAUGAACAGCGGCAACGUCGAUUAGCACUGUUCUGGUCGCUGUUUUCGGUGGACAAGUCUUGUUCAUUGGCAUUCGGUCGACCUAUGUUACUUCCAACCGCCAUCUACGAAAAUGUCCCACUGCCCGAUUUCCAGUAUCUCUUAAGAUACCAUCCCCAUCGAAAAGAGCAUGUACAAACAGAGAAUGGACCUAUUGCCUCAACAUAUGGCGCUCAUUUCUUUAUCCAGGGAAUGAAACUGGCAAAACUGACUGGAGCCGUGCUGGAUUUCCUAGCAAACCCUGGAAAUUUGACUAGUUAUCAAUCUUUGACCGCCCAGCUGCAAUCAUGGGAUUCAGUAACCAACGAGCUCCUUUUGAAGGCCAUCAAUACGGAAUCAGCUAGCUCAUCAGCUCACCAGCUUCAAGAAAUGAUGAUUGGUGUUCGCGCCAUGAGAUUUCAGUAUCUGCAUAUCUUAAUACUGCUAUUACGCAAAGAUCCAAAUGAUAAAGAACUCCGAAUCCAGGCUGCUCGAGAUGCCAUUACGUUGCUUCCUGGUUUGGUAUCAAAUUCAACCCAUGUGUAUAAUGGGCUAGUGUGGCAGUUAUUAUACUAUCCUUUCACACCAUUCUUUACAAUUUUCGGUCACAUUAUAACUCAUCCGUCAUCGCCAACUGCAAACCAAGAUAUUGAACUACUGAACCAAACCGCCACUUAUUUUAACAGUAUGAAACAGCUCGGAUCCCUUUCCGACGUUUCGUCCAAGUUAGAAAGAACAGCUCUCGUUUUCUAUAAUUUGGCUCGCUUUAUCACGUCGAAAGAACAUGCGGAUUCAGAACUUCAAGCCAUCGAGUCAACGAUAGCAACCACAAGUACAGAAAACACUCCUGCCCAGGAGAUGGAUAUCCUGUCAAAGGAAAAUGAGGUUGAUUUUGAGUCAUAUACUGACGCCUUUAUGGCCUACAUCAAUGAUCAAGAUGCUGCGCAGCCUGGAUUUGACAAUAUUGAUAUCGAAAACAUUCUGGGCUGUUUAGAAUCCGAUGGCGCUUCGCUUCGCACACGUAAACGAUCAUUUGAAAGUACACUGGAUUGGUUUUCUUGGGAUUCUCAUUACUAUAAAAACUAAUACAUUAUGAGACGUCAUAUAUGCAUAAAAAUUAGAAAAUGGUCAUAAUUGGCCUAUAAAUGUAUGAUCCACGCUAAAAUCUAAUAAGAUAUUUGAACCCACUUUGCACCUCUGGCA